AUGAUGGACGAUUUUGAAAGUAAUACUGAAGAAAACUUAUCUUUAGGAAAUAAGCGAGUGUAUGAACUACGAAAGAGGAACUUCCAAAGGAACUUGGUAAAUAACCUGAGCUAUUUUGGAUAUGUUCUGAUAUUACUGGAAUACAUUAAAUUCGAUCGUACCGUUUGGACACUCAUAACAAGGGCGAUAGUGCAAUCCCUUAUAAGUUCCCCUUUCCCGAGUGAUGCUAAGUUACGUAGACUAGCGACCGCUGGCGGUGACAGUAAUACUACGGGGAUCGCAACUCUUCCAGGAGGCACGUCGAUCAGGAUUCCUGGAAUGUUCACCACGGAAGCGCUUGAUAAUCAUUCUAAUGGAACUGAACAACAAGACAAUGCCUCUGUUAUAUCCAUAAAGAGGCAAAUUAGGAAAUUCUUAUUCCAUGGUUGCUUAUCGCUGAACAUGCUAUAUAUUGUUUUUACUAUUUUAUUCCCGAUCGAUUUUCUGGAGCCAUUGAGUGAGUAUGUUCCGGUAGAUAGUCUCAAAAACACUCCCUCACCGUUUUCAAAUUCAAAUGGUCUACUUUUAGGUGAGAGAAGGGGUGGGUUAUUCUUACAGAUGAUUGGAGAACGUUUACCAAAGAGCAACCUCUCUGGAAACUUCGGCCUGUUAAUAUUUGAAUUUAGCAUACUUAUAGUACAGUUCACUUUGUUUUCAUUAACGUGUGUUGUACUAGCCGAUUUAGAUUGCCAAGAGCCGGAAAGUGUGCAUUCUGUAAAAAGCGAUGGAUAUGAUGGGUCUGUAGUAGUUGCUCGAAUACCAUUAAAUAAAACUUUGGACACUGUUUUAUACGACGGUGAUAAUAACGACAUUGAAGAGAAUUCAAACAGUGCCGUCUGA